AUGCACCACCUCUUUAACUACAAGAACGAGCUGAGAAAGGGACUCUCAGACAAAGUCUACGUAGAUAGACUUCAGAAUUUACUGCCUUCUCUUCUCGACGAACUUGGCAACGACCAGGAAUUGCGUCAGCUAUUGAUUAGCAGCGCAGAGUCCAGAUUGAAGGAUACAGCGCAACAGAUUUCAAGACACCUCUCUAAUGAUUCGCCGCUAAGCAACAUUACCUGUGCAAUCCUCUUGCUUGAGCUGCUCCUCAUCAACAUCAACAUCUACAAGAACGCACAAGACGACGAUGGCGUGGAUGCCCUUCUACGCCUGCCAACGCGCAUAUCCAAUCUCAGUGAUCGUUUAUCUCUCGCGAAAAUACCCAUCCCGUCUAUUCUUUUACCAGACAACUUUACAGCCAAAUUCACUCGGGACUAUCUCUCAACUCUAUCAUCACCAUCCUCGAAAGUUUCUAGCUAUCCCCUUGAACGACUCCAUCUGCUUGGCUACGUGCGAUACAGUGAGAGAUUCAACAACUUCUGGAGCGUGACUAUUAAAUAUUGCGACAAGCACAAGAAAUGCUAUGAGAGAAUUAGACUAAUGCUCUUGGACCUCACGCCUACUCAGCUAUCUACGUAUUUUGAAGAGUUUCUUAACGCUGUGAGAGAUUCAAAUAGAGAUGUCAAAGAUAUAGCACGGAUACUUGCUUCUUUGUUUGGUGAGAUAGACGAAAGCACCUUGGACACCAUCACUAGCGUCCUAGUCGGCGGAAGUAGAGUUCUGGCUGCCGAGAUGAUCAUGCGUUCGCUGACACUUUGGAUAUCAUUGUCGCCUCAUUCAUUCACCAUAUUCAGAGGUAUACUGGAGGUCUGGACUAACACCAGAUUCAUUAAGAAGGCACCAGUCGCACAACUCACUUUAUACUCAACAAUGCUGCUCCUGCUUAUACAAAGGAAUGGCGUCAAGAGACAUAUACCAAGAAACCUGAUGCACGAAAGCAUUGUUACACACGCAAUACCCACUUAUCUCUCCCUUCCCAACCCAUUCAGCAAGUUGCUCGGUAUGCUGGUAGCUCAACAUCUGGCCAACUUUGAUGGUGUCGACAGACUGGUAUUUGGUGAGGACGCAUUUUCAGGCAGCGGUCUUGGCAGGGCGGAGAUUCAAGGUGUGAUUGAAUUGUUGAAUAGAGCAAAGACCGACGAUGGCAGCGUCCCUGACCCUAUUAUCGAGCAGCCACCGGAAGCUUCAACAAGCAGUUCUCCAGAGGUGCAAGAGGAGAGCGACAGUGACGACGACUCGAUAGUGGGCUAUGAGAUAGAUGAGGAUAAAACUCAAGUGAAUAAACCCGACAGCGACGACGAGGAAGCAGCCAACGAUCCAACAAUCCUCUCCAAGCGUAAAAUAGGUCGACCUGUAUACAUUGCAGAGCUGAACGAUAUGCUGCGGCAUGACGGCAAGGAGGGUAAUGAGGCGGCAGUGUCGCAGGAAGUGGCAUUGAAGUGGGCAGCUGCGCUCAUCAACGAUAAGCGGGAGCAUAGAGAGCUGCUCGAGAAUUCAAACAACCUCACUUUUACUCUGCUUACCCUUCAGGAUCAAUUUGCUUUGAGCGACUUUGAGGAGCUACGAAGCGAGUCUCUGAGGGUGCUUGUAGUAUGUUCACCUCAGCGAGCAGGAUUAUGCCUCACACAGCACCUCUUCAGCACAUCCCUUUCACUCAGACAGCGCUUGACCGCUCUACACGCUCUCGGAUUAGGCGUGCGCGAGCUUUCCACUGGCACAUCCACAAAAAUCACCAACACCACCACACCAUUAACCAAGAAAGCAAUCCCAGCGAAAGUAGCCAACGACUCUGAGAUCGAGGACAUUCUCAAAGAGUUCUCACAGGCCAGCAUAUCAGACGCGAGAACAAAAGCUGGCGAGGCAGUCCCCAGCGUGACUCGAGAGAGGAAGCUAAGAGUUGGAUCUGACAAGCCAUCGAAGCCGCUUAUAGUGGAGAGGUACUCCUCCGAGACCACACCCACUCCGUCGAACGCACUGGAGCAGUACAGAAUCGUUGAUCGCCAGUCGAGGGUGCAGAAUGUUAAAUUCCACCAUAUUGCCAGUGAACACUUUGUGAUGCCGCUCAUUAACGAAAUGUGGUUCGCACUCAAUCAGCAAGUCAGCAUCAAGCUGGACAAGGAGUUUUUAGGGCCACUAUUGCGCACGCUCGCUGUGAUGCUAUGGUCUGCGAGAAACGCUCCAGAGUUCUUGCACGUUCUCGCUCCCGAGUCGCUUGAGCUGGUUUUGGCUCUACCCCAGUAUGUCAUCGCUGACUCUGUCAGUGUCGCUCUCGCGCUCGUCAGUCUCUCGGACGAUAUUGAUGGUGGGAGAACUCUCGCGGAAAGCUCCAAGCUGCCGCUGCUGAGACGUUGGGCCGAGACGGCGUACGAGUCGCUCGAAAGUACCCCUGAGAGUAGAACUUGCGCCGCCUUGCUUGUCAAAGUGCAAGAAAUUUGGGAUAGACACUCGACACUGGUCAUGGCAACCACUCUGUCAGUUGGAAUAUAG